CGAGAACGCAGAAGAAGGUUGUUGUUGUUGCUGUUUAGACUUUACACCUUUAGAUACAUGUAUAAUCUUUGCCAUAACGUAACUUAAUGUUUGGUUUUGGUUGGACAAACCGGAAUUUGUCUCAUACGCUCUUCACCAAAUAUGUUAGAUGAGCAGUCACCGGGAAAUGGGUCAGGUAAGCCUGCUUUAGUGGAAGCAGGAGAAAGCCUGUCGCUCUGCAGAGCAGCUGCGGUGUCCGGGUCCGUGAACGCGUCUCCGUCCUGCAGGUCCGUGUCCGGGUCCGUGAACGCGUCUCCGUCCCGCAGGUUCCUGCAGGUCGAGCUGGAGCUGAACCUGCAGCUGCGGCGGCUCCGCUUCAGCGCGCCGGUCUGCUACACGCACAACCCGCUGGAGUACGCCUGGGAACCCCACCGCUGCUACGUGGAGAAGUACUGCCGGGCCGGCCAGAGGGUGCUGUUCCUGGGCAUGAACCCGGGGCCCUUCGGCAUGGCGCAGACCGGAGUGCCCUUCGGGGAGGUGAGGUCAGUGGUGGACUGGCUGGAGAUCACAGGAGAGGUCGGUCGCCCUGACAACGAGCAUCCCAAGAGACGCAUCACGGGCCUCAGCUGCACUCGGAGUGAAGUGAGCGGUGCACGCUUUUGGGGCUUCUUCAGAAAGCUGUGUGGUGAACCGGCGGUGUUCUUCAGACACUGCUUUGUUCACAACCUGUGCCCCCUGAUCUUCAUGAGUGCCAGUGGGAAGAAUUUAACGCCCCCUGAGCUCCCUGCAGCUGAGCGGGAAGCCAUGCUAAACCUGUGCGACGCUGCUCUGUGCCAAGUGGUGGCAGCACUGAACAUCUCCAUGGUGAUCGGUGUGGGGAGGGUGGCCGAGCAGCGGGCGCGGCGAGCGCUGUCCGCUGUGAGUGGUGUCCGAGUUGAAGGCAUCAUGCAUCCGUCUCCCAGGAACCCACGGGCCAAUAAAGGCUGGGCGGAAGUGGCCAGCGCUAAGCUGGCAGAACUUGGAGUCCUAUCACUACUGAGCAACACUGCUGACACUUAGCUGCAAACUUCUCCUCAAAGCUCCAUCUUUGUUUGUGGACAAUCCCAACCAGCCUAAGUGUUACUGGCAGCAACGUGCCACACUGAAGCUCUUAACAACUCUUUGUCACCACAAAGUCUUUGUUGGUGUCAUAAAUCCUGGUACAGGAGCCCAUUUCCAGGUGGAGCUUUUGCAUUUAUCAACAGAUGCAGCUUUGGACUAGUUUUAAAAAUGUUACCUGUAUUGUAUAUAUGUACAUAUUUUUUACCGUUAUCAAAUAUAUCAAGUCUAAAAUAGACCAUGUAAGAAAACCAAGGUCAGGAAUAAUGCAAAGUUACAAGGACACUGUAAAAACAAGUACCAGAGGGGCAUGGUGGCUCAGCUGGUAGUGCAGCUGUUUCACAGCAAGAAGGUCCAGGGUUCAAUUCCUGUGGAUGCUGUAGGCGCUGAGUGCGGGCCUUUCUGUGUGGAGUUUGAAUGUUCUCCCCGUGUUCCCUUGGGUAGCUAAUGUGAGCUACCCUCACAAAAACAUGCAACAGUCCUGGCCGGAAUAAUGUGAUCCUUCCAGGCGCUACGUCCGUUGAAAAGUAGCGGCCUGCUCACUCCUCCGGUUAAUAAGGAGACCUGAGCUCAGUGUAGCAGAGGAUGGCAAUGCCCAGGACUGACUAAGGUAGGAGCACUGGGUGAUAAAAUGCGGAAAAAAUUGGGAUAAAAAUAUUUAAAAGAAAAAACUAUUUUCCAUUUGUUUUUUUAUAAUGUAUUUUUUACAUGUUCACACACUGUUA